GUAGCCAGAGAUGCAGAAGGAGGAUUGUGUGUUUGAGUGGACGCGCAUCGCAUCGCAUCGCAUCGCAUCGCCGCACGCACGCAGCUGGAGCUCCUCUGAUCACACACACACACACAAACAUACACACAUACAGCAUCAGCCUCGCGAUCAACAUGUUUCUGCUCGGAUUCAGCCUGUGCCUGGGCAUCGUCCAUGGCAUUGUCCCCGAAAUAGCCAAAACAGACAUGGACAUCAUUGCAAACAUGGAGACAAAUGUAGUGCAAGGACAAUCGACACUGAACGAUGUGUUGAAAGAGGUAGAGGAGGACCUGAUGGAGGACACGCAGCAGAAGCUGGAGGACGCGGUGCAUCAGAUGGACAAUGAGACGGCAAAAUCAAGCCUCCAUCCACACAACGUCUCUUCAAACCUCCAAAAUUACAGCAGUAUUGAAAUCAUAGCUGGGAAUCAAUCUAAUUACAUCGCUGAGAGAAUCAAUGCGACUACAGAGAAUCCAGCUGAAGACACAAACACCUCCACAACCGUGCGGCCGGGAGAUAAAGAGAACAGCACUGAUCAUGAUCACGAGUGUGUCAUUGAUGAAGACUGUGAGAAGGGCAGGUUUUGUCUCUACGAGACACACAGCUCAAAGUGUCUGCCCUGCAAACAGCUUGAUGCGACGUGCACUAAAGAUGAGGAAUGCUGUGCGGGACAGCUGUGUGUGUGGGGUCAGUGUGCGAGGAACAGCUCAAAGGGAGACGCGGGGACCAUCUGUCAGUACCAGAGAGACUGUAAGGAGGAGUUCUGCUGUGCCUUCCAUAAAGCCUUGCUGUUCCCAGUGUGCAGCUCUAAGCCAAUAGAACGUGAGCGCUGCAUCAUUUCAGCCAAUCACCUGAUGGAGCUGCUGUCAUGGGAUCUGGAGGGGGGGAAUCCUCAAGAGCACUGCCCAUGUGCUGGAGACCUGCAGUGCCAACAUCUGGGACGAGGCGCUCUGUGUCUGAAGAGCCAGAACUCCAGCGAGGAGGACCUCACCGACACCCUGUACUCUGAGAUCGACUACCUCGUCUGACGAGCUGCUGAAACAGACAUGAACGCUUCAUCGUCACUCCAAAGCUUUGUAGGAAACGCCUUCACUUUAAUCACCCAAACUUACAGGCUCUGAAUCUAAAAGAGCGUUCACACUGACAUCGGUUUGAAAGCAUCAUUCAGUGCGAAUGAGAGUUGGUGGUUUGAGGCGAGACGAUUCAUGUUCGGCUGGUGCACUUUAUGUUCGAUUGGGGGUUUCAAAGCUAUGACUAGUUAGGCAGACCGUAACAUUUGGGCAUCAUUGUCAAAUCAGUGUGUCAGUGUGAACAGCCCUCAAGUGCUAAAGGUUUUUAUUAAUGUAAUAAAGUACUAAUGCUUCAAUAAUAUGUAUGGCGGAGAAAAUAUGAAGACAGCGCUGAUGAUCCAAUCAUUCUUAGUGUAGUAGCUAAAGUGACGCACCCAUACAACAAAUCAUGUAAUUUUCCCAGGCAAUAAAUACAAAACGUGCUCCAGAAAAUAAAAAGUUGAAAAACA